AUGCACCUCGUUGACUACCUCGUGCUAAGAUGCCGACAUUUAUGGCGCACUUCCCUCAAACACAGUCUUAUUGCAAUUGCGUUUAGCCUUGCAUUGACAAUUUUCGUACUUUUACAUUGGCCAAGAGAGCAAGCUACUACAGCACAGCGCAGCCCAACAGUCUAUGCUUCAAGGGCUUCUGGAGACAUCCAAGCCUCGCUUGAUAUGGCAGUCUUCGUGCAAUUGCUAACAUACCCAUCUCUUCUUAGUAGAAAAAAUGCCUUUUAUUUAGGCUCUGGCACUGCUGGUGAUGGGAAUGACCUCGGUCAGCUUGUUUUGGAAACUUCGCAGGAACCACUACCCAUACCUUACGACCCAUAUCCCCAAUAUAACAGCGCUGCAUGGAACAACACGUGGAGAGGAUCUUACCAGCAGUGUGUUGGUCCAAAUGGCCUAGUCUUGGAUCGUAGGAAUGCGGAAACAUCUAUGAAAGCGUUUCGUUGGAACCAGUCAGACUUUCCGAUGCCAAUAUUUGGAUCGUACGAGGCGUGGAAUCUUGAUCGGAGGCUCUGCGCCGACCGAUAUUCUCGGUAUGCGCUAUACGGCUACGCAGAAGAAGCAGACGAAGGCAACAAAGGCAACAAUGUGCAGUGGCAGGAUAUGAAUUGGGCUGCUUUGCAACAAGACUGCUUGCAUCGCAAUGAAAACCGUUAUCAACCUUCGAAAAUUGGCGAGAAGAUGUGGACUCUCCACAAGGAGCAUGAUAAAAAACCAGAUGAACAUCGCUGGAGCGGAGAGAAGAUACAGACAGAUCGAAACAAUGCCUCUGCUAUUCUCAAAUCACGCACCGCGGUAGUCCUGCGUACAUGGCUCGGCAGGGAAUACACGGAAGAUGAUUUUUAUUAUAUCCGGUCGAUGAUAAUGGAGCUAUCACUCUUAUCCGGUGCAGAAUAUGAGGUAACCCUUUUGGUUGAUGCAAAAGAUAUUGAUUUGCCUCACCCAGCCGAUACAGUAGGCUUGGACAGUCUAAAAAAGUCGCUUCCGCGGGAACUCCAGGAUUUGGCAGUAUUUUUCAACGCAGAGAUACUAAAGGACUGGUACCCGAAGAUCGAUGUUCACGAGGCCAUACUUCAAUACUUUCAGCCAAUGCAGAUUUUCUCGCGGGUAAAUCCACAGUACGACUUCUUCUGGCAGUUUGAAAUGGAUUCGCGUUAUACGGGACAUUUCUAUAACUUUCUCGAGCAGGCAGCAGAUUUUGCAAAACAACAGCCUCGUAAGAAUCUGUGGGAGCGUAACUCAUACUUUUAUAUCCCUGCUGUCCACGGGAGCUGGGACAACUUUAUCGAUCAGGUAGACCAGAGCAUGAUAGGUCUUGAUAGUAUCUGGGGACCACGGCCUGCAAAAGGUAUCGAGGUUGGAAAUGAAGCACCCGAGCCGGUGCACUCGGACUUAAACUCAGACUCGAAUGAUGAUGAUUUUUGGAGCUGGGGCGUAGGCGAGGAAGCCGACGUGAUCACCUGGCUGCCUCAAUUUGACCCUCAGCAUACCGACUGGCCCUUUUCUGACCGGGUAUAUAACUUUCGCCAGAAGGGACGUACUCCGCGCCGGGCAUCAGUUGUCGCUAUGUCCCGUGUUUCGGCCCGAUUACUCCGGUUGAUGCAUGCGGAUAAAACCGAAAAGGGUCUGGGACUAGCAUCUGAAAUGUCCCCCACAUCCUGGGCUCUCUAUUAUGGGCUGAAAGCAGUUCAGAUUCCUCAGCCCAUUUACCAUGCACACGAAACAAAUCCAAUUGAGCUCAAUCUCAGAGCUAAUGCAGGCAAGCCUGGCAAGAUUAGUGCUGGGCGGAAUAGUAUCUGGAGCUGGAACCAGCACAAUGAUAUUCUGAUGAAAAUGUCUUACAUGUUUGGGUCCGAAUUCCCCGAAAAGAUUUAUCGAGCCUGGCUAGGCUACGAUGAUGCAGAGAAA